UGAGCCUACGCGUCCCGUUGUGUGGAAGCUUUGUUUAAUUCAGGCGGGAGAUUUGGAAACAACAACCUAUUCUGCACAGCUCGUGUCAAGCCAAAGAUACACAACUCCAUACAGCUUAUUGACAGAUCAGUUUAUGGAAUUCAACGGGCAGAUGGACUUUCUUACUGAUGAGCAGUUGCUGUCUGUCUUCCACCUCAAGAAGACGGAAAUUUCGUGCAUAGAACAACCGCUCAUCUUCCUCACACAACUGAGAGACCACAACCUGUUGCCGGAGACGCGUUUCAAGAAGGUGAAAGGGAUGCGCACUCGAGAGCAGAGGCAGCAAGGAGUCUAUGAUGUUCUGGAGUGGCUGGAGAGAGAGAGAUCUCAGGACAUUCGGCGUUUCUGGCGAUGUGUGUUUGAAGAUCAUAUCGUGCAGAAGUACCCCACGCUACACCUGCUCAGGAAAAGCCUGCCAGAAACCGUAACCAAAUUCUCUGAGGAACGUAUAGGCAUUGAGACACUGACAGAAAAUAGUGGACAAAAGGAGAAGAACGGGACAUACAACAGAAAGAGAAAUGACAGAAGUGAUGAUCCGGGUUCUUCAGCCAAGAAACCCUCAUUCUCACCUCAUGAGAAAGGAAGCAAAGAGAGGAUUUGGAUGCUUUCUAGAUAUAAAACUCAGCUGCCUGUAAAGUGUGGGGAUAAAGAGGGCAUUCUCUAUCGAGACAAACUGGCCAAGGGAGAGAAGUGUAUCAGAGAAGGGGCUCAGGGACGCUGGUUCUCCCCAAGUGAAUUUGAGAAGUUUGCAGGGAAGGAAAGUAGCAGAAACUGGAAAGCCAGCAUCCGCUGUGAUGGCACACCACUUAAAAAACUCAUUGAGGAGAAUCAUCUUCAGUGUCCACCGAUGAAGAACAGAGAUAGAACAUCUGUCCGAAAAAGCAAGAAAAACAUUUCUAUUAGCUCAUCUGAGAGCUCCAGUACAGAUUCAGAAACCAGCGCCAGUUCAGAAGAGGAAAGUGAGGCGGAAGACGUCCAAAAGCAGAGCAAGAGAGCAGGACUAAGAUCACAGUUUAGAAGUGGAGUUGAUGAUUAUGGGGAGGAGGAAGAUGAGAUGGUAGAUCUGACUGUUUUUCAAGCACCAUCUUUACCAGUCUCCUGUGUCUCACUCAUUGGGACUCUGUUCAAAGACAGAUUUGCCACAGGGAGGUGUGGGAAGAGUAUACGGACCAAGCAACACUGGUUUACUCCGGAGGAAUUUGUAAAGGAGGAACCAACUCUCUCUGAUGGACUCUGGAAAAGAGAUAUACUGUGCCAUGGAAAAACUCUCAACUUUUUAUGCGAGAAAAAGAUCCUGGACAUCCAUCCGAAAAACUGUACAUGUGUGAAGUGCAGCACUAAUCCAGAUGAUCUGAUGGACCAGAACAACGAUGAUGAGUGUAAUGUGUGUCACUCUGAGGGGAAUCUGGUGUGUUGUGAUAAAUGUCCACGAGCUUUUCAUCCAGACUGUCACCUACCUGCUGUAAAUGAAGAAGACUCGGCCUGGCAGUGGAUUUGUACCUUUUGCAUGUUAAGAACCCGUCAACGAGGGUGUGCCUCCAGAAACAUGACUGAACAAGAAGCUUUUGAUGUUCCAAUAUCUCAAUGCAGACUGCAGUGCCACUACCUGCUGUUAUGUAUGUACAAUGAAGAUAUCCAGAAGGUGUUUGUAAAGGAUCCACGCCCAAAUGUGAGAAGAUACUCUGAGUUCAUAUCCGAUCCAAUGUGGCUGAACAGAAUAAAGCAGAAGUUGAAAGAUAACAUGUAUCAGAAGUUUGGAGAGUUUGCCUCUGACUUUCAGCUCAUUUUCAGCAACUGCAGGAAAUUUAAUCGGGAUAACAAAUUUGGCCAGUUGGGUGCCAAACUGAAAGAAAUCUUUGAGGAUGAGAUCCAGAAAAUCUUCUUUAUCCAAUAAGGGUUCUCUUUUUCUUUUGUCUUUCAAAGUUGAUGGAGAAAUCUAAGCAGCUUUGAAUAUUAUAAUGUAAAUGAGAUGUAUUGCAUUUCUUAUCCCACUGCCCUAGGAUGAAUACUUUGGUUAAUAUUCUCGCUGCACACCUUUUUUAUAAUUCAAUUUUUCUAUGCAGUCAUAUAUUAUUUACAACAUAGGUUACAGAUGGUCAUAUAUUAUGUCUGUAUUAUCAGCCUUUUGUCCUCCUUAUAGAUUCUAAUUACUGUCUACUGACUUUAAGGUGAAGGGUGUCAUUUUUAUAAAUGCAAAAAGUAUUCUUGCACUUUUUCCUCAUACGUUAAGCAUUGAAUAGGUUAUUUGUAAAAUGAAUUCCAUGAUUGACCUAAAAAACCUAUAUUUUUAUUGACUUUUGUUAUUAAUUAUUUUACUUGUUUUUAGUCUUCUGUUCUGUUGUUUUGUUUUGUUUUGAUGCUUUCAUGUACAAAAAAAUGAGAAUAAUUUUGGCUGAGGAUCGUAAACAUUGUAAACAAUCUGGAAUUUGUUUCCAAUUUUGGUGUUGGGUAAAUUUACGUUAGCUUUUAUGUUAGGCUUUUUUUUUAAUUGUAAGUAAAACAGACACUUUAAUAUGAUGUUUAUAUUUAAUAUAAUGUACUUUAAUAAAAGUAAGACCAUCUCUGUGUGUUUAAUAUGU